AUGGAUGAUUCCAAUGGGAGUGCAGCCAAUCCCAGCGGUGUUCAGGGUCAGGUGAUGCCCAUGGAGGAGUUGGGGUGUAGCUCAGGAUGGGGGGUGAGGGUGAAGGGGGAGCAGGGGAAGAGAGAGGACAGGCGGCUGGCGGGGGUGUGUGGUCUGGCUAACAGUGGUAACUCCUGCUACAUGAACGCUGUGCUGCAGUGUCUCUUCUCCACUGUGCCGUUGGUGGAACACCUUCUCAGCUCACACAAACGCUCCCAGCUGGCCAAGUGUAACAGUCCUGUAGUGGGGGUGUUUGUGCACCUCUUCCAGGAGGUGUGGCAGGGUCAGGGGGGUACCAGCUUCACCUCUCCAGGGGAGAUGAGGGCCUUGGUCUCCUCCCUGCACCCCCAGUUCAACAACCAAUCACAGCAGGACGCCCAGGAGCUACUCCUCCUCCUGCUCAACGCCCUGCAUGAUGACCUCAAGAAUGUACACACACACACACACACACACAAUCCUGCCACCACACGACUCCGUCCACACGACUCCGUCCACACGACUCCUUCCACACGACUCCGUCCACACGACUCCGUCCACACGACUCCGUCCACACGACUCCGUCCACACGACUCCGUCCACACGACUCCGUCCACACGACUCCGUCCACACGACUCCUUCCACACGACUCCUUCCACACGACUCCGUCCACACGACUCCUUCCACACGACUCCUUCCACACGACUCCGUCCACACGACUCCUUCCACACGACUCCGUCCACACGACUCCGUCCACACGACUCCUUCCACACGACUCCGUCCACACGACUCCGUCCACACGACUCGUCCACACGACUGGCCCACACGACUCCUUCCACUACUCCGCCCGCACGACUCCUUCCACACGACUCCGCCCACACGACUCCGUCCACACGACUCCUUCCCAAUACCUACCUUCACACGACCUGGCCCACACUACCUCUUCCACACGACUCCGUCCACACGACUCUUCCACACGACUCCUUCCACACGACUCCCACACGCACUCCGUCCACACGACUCCUUCCACACGACCUUCCACACGGUCAAAGGAAGUCGCUCAGCUCGGCGCCAGCGGCGGGGGAUUCUACGGUGGUGACACGUCUCUUCGAGGGACAACUCAGCUACCAGAUGCUGUGUCUGCGCUGUGACGGACACUCCCACAGCAACCAAGUCUUCACCAUCCUGUCUCUGCCUAUACCACUGGACUCAUACAAGUGUUCCCUACAGGACUGCCUGUCGCUGUUCUUCCAGCAGAGUACGUUGACGUGUGGAGAGAAGUUGUGUCCAGAGUGUGGAGUGAAGAGAGACACAGCUGUCCUCACCAGCAUGGCCAAACCACCUGAGAUACUGGUGCUGCACCUCAAACGUUUUGGUUGCCACGGGAGUGAGAAGAGGAAGUUGAGGACCAAUGUGUUGUUCUCAUUGGACAGUUUAGACCUAACCCCCUUCCUGUCCAGACCCUCAGCCAAUCACACCAGCUUUCUCUACGCAGUGGUGAACCACGCAGGAGACCUGGACAUGGGUCACUACACGGCCCUGUGCCACAGUACCCUGUCCAGCAGCUGGCACCACUUCGACGACACGGCCGUGAGCGAGGUAGUGGACUUCUUGGUGCAGUCUCCUAACGCCUACAUCCUGCUGUACAGCCGUCAACCCUUCCACAGGCCCAACAUACCCCAGAUCUGA